AUGGACGGCAUGGUAAGCCAUCGGCCAGGCCUUAAUGGCAAAGGCAGCGUGUUCUGGUUUACAGCCAGAUUCGGUCGCAUCGACUUGGCGAGAUUGAAUAAGAAGCUUGCCGCAUCUCAAACCCAUGCACUGGCAAAGGUCAUGCGCAAAAUGCGGGAGAUCGUACUGCACAAGCACAUUGUACUAGUCGAGCACAGCCUGGUCAACAAUACGGUUAUGCUCAAACUUCUUCAGACCCUAGGUUUGAGCCCAUUGAUGUAG